AUGUCGGCCAUCUACGAGAACUUACGGCAGCUGAUUACUGUUGUAGAUGAACUGCGGGAUGUUGGCCUGCAGCACUACAUCAGUCUGCCGCGCAUUGCUGCAAUUGGCACGCAAAGCAGUGGCAAAAGCUCUUUGAUCGAGUCGAUCGUCGGCUUGGACUUCCUUCCCCGGGGCGGCGGAGUCGUGACGCGUCGCCCCUUGGAGUUGCGCCUCGUGCACCUGAACACCCAGGAGUAUGCUGAAAAUGAGGCAUGGGCAGUUUUCGACAAGGUCGGCGACAAGAAGUUCACGAACUUCAAUGACGUCAGGGAUGAGAUUGAGCGACAAACUGACCAAGUGGCUGGAUCUAACAAGGGCAUCGUGAAUGAUCCCAUCAUUUUGACGAUCUAUGCUACUGGAGCCCCAGAUCUUACUCUCAUUGACCUGCCGGGCAUCACGCGUGUGCCAGUGAAAGGCAGUGAUCAGAAGGAUGAUGUGGAGAAGGUGACCCGGGACAUGACUCUCCACUACAUCAAUGAUCCUCGCACCAUCGUCUUGGCAGUUUUGCCCGCCAAUCAGGACAUGUCUGUUUCGGACUCCCUGCAACUUGCACGUCAGGUUGACCCACAAGGUUUGCGAUCGAUCGGUGUGAUUACCAAGAUUGACAUCAUGGAUCAGGGUACAGAUGCUGCUUCCAUGUUGAGGGGGGACGAAGUCCCCUUGCGCCUGGGCUAUGUGGGUGUCAAGAUGCGAAGUCAGCAAGACAUUGUCAACAAAAAGCCCGUGAAGGAUUCAUUGAAGGAUGAGAAGGCUUGGUUUGAGAACCACCGAGUCUACAACAAGCUUCCUCCAGGAUUGGUGGGCACUCCUGUCUUGAUUGACAAGCUCACCCAGAUUCUCUUCAAACAUAUUCGAAGGUUUCUGCCAGAGAUCAAGAAAGAGAUCAAUGAAAAGCGCCGUUCAGUGCAAGAUCGUUUGGACGAGCUCGGCGAGGGUGUUCCAGUCGACACUGCGGAACGGGUGCAGGUGAUGUGGACUUUGGUCACGGACUACUGUGACAUGUUCAAAAAUACCAUCCGUGCCUCAGCUGAGAAGCAAUGCAACACUAUGUCACUAAGUCACUAA